UACUUAUAAAUUUAUAGCUAGGAGAUAUACAUAUUUUCCAGAAAAGCAAAACUCAUAAAUCCGACUUAUCAGUGAUAAAAUAAUUUAUAUGGAAUCUUAUAAAUGUAUAAAAACCAAGUCUAUCGCAUCGUUCCAGGCCAUAUAUGCUCCUUUUUCUUGUUAGCCGUAGCCAUGAUAAACAUAGCUGUACCUAACAGGACUAUAACUAAGACCAGAUUAAGACUAGGUCAAAUUAGUCCAUCACAAUACUCUAUUUACGAGUUACAUAUAAUAAAAUAGUUCAAAUUUUGGAACGAAGGCCAAAUAAGUCGAUCACAUAGAGCGUUUGAAUUUCUUCAAUGUUAUAAACCAUAGAUCACUUCACCUUAGAGCAUGACCAACCACAAUAUGCUAAUAGGUCCUUAGCUAAUAAAAAACUAAAAUUAAUAGUACAGUAAAAAAUAAAAAACUAUUGGUUUUAAGAAAUGAUUUUUUAGAAAUUUACUGAAAAGUUUUAGAGACAAAUGUCUUUUUUUAAUUAAUCAGACUCUAUUAAAAAUAAAAUUUAAAUAAAAAACUAAAAUACAUCAAAAAAAAUAUUUCUGUUUAUUAAAAUCUUCAUUUAAGCAUACUCGUUGGUGAUGCUCUUACAAUACAUAUAUUAUUUUCAGCAGUCUCUUGCAUUUGUCUUUAUCUUUAAAUAUUACGUGAAGGUUAUUGGUUGUUGUAUUUUAAUAGAUUUGAAAAUCCGAACUAAAUCUAGUAUUAUUGGUUCCAUAAUUUUCAAAUAUAUAUUAAAAUCAUGUGUUAUUGGUUUAAUGAUUCAUAAUUCUAUAUCAAAUCAAGUGUUAUUCAAUCGUACGGAUUUACUAAUAAACUUGAUUUUAUAAUGGAUUUGAAUGGAUUUGUUUGGAUUUUUUUUGUUAUAAAUACAAAAACUCAAAUCCGAGGAAAAACCUCCGGAUUUGUAAAUAUUAAUCCGAAAAAAAUUUAAAAUCUGAAUAUUUUACUUGGAUUUAUAAAUACUACAUGAAUUUCUAAAUCAAUCAAAAUAUAUAAACCAAUUAAUUGGAUUUAUAAAUACUACUAUUCUCGAUUUUUUUUAAGAAAACUCCUAAACUACAGGCUUCAGCCUUUCAUUGUAUUUAAAAUUGUAUGGCACUGGUCAUUGUAUGUAUAUACAGCUAACGAACAUUAUAGUUGUCGAGGUAUCAAAGAAAGGUAGAACACAUAAAGCGUGUGUUGAACAAAUCUGCGAAAGUUGCAUUGUUUAAUUCAAUAUGCAUGCAUUAUACAGUUGUGACCAUUGACUAUCAUACUGCUCUAAAUCCUAUAUUUUCCUAAGUUUUCUUAUGAAAAUUACUAAUUUGCUGCUAGUAGAUUGAUAUAAACACACUAUUGGUGGGAAAUGAUGAUGUAUACAAACUAUAUUAAUUAUGAUUCUAGUCGCUCAAUCAAGAAAUCAAAAUCUACCUAAUUAAGAUAAAUGAAAACAAAAUAACUGACAGAAAGUGCUUCUUUUGUCAAUAAAAUCGCUGAAUGACAGGAAUCUUCGAACACAAAUCUGUAAAAAUGAUAAAAUCGAAAAUCACAAACCAUUGUCAUCCACGUAUUACCGUGUUCUAUUAUAUGUUAUAGUAUCACGACUAGGCAAUGUUUAUCUAUUUUCUGAAACAUUCUUACAAUAAUAGACUAAGAAUCUUUUGUUAAAUAAAUUAUUAACAUAUAUGAUUGUAUACGACAAGUAGUAUCAUGGUUCCCCACUUUCUUAUAUUUUUCCCGAUCAAGCCAUACUUCUUCCUUCAUUCAUCUCCACCAUCACAAUUUGGCUAUAUCUUGAUAUUUAUUGUGUGUUCUGUAUGGGAUACUAUCUAUUUGCUUAGAGAGACACAUAUGUUUUGUGUAUGUUCAUUCAGAGGCUUUCUCCAUCAACCACUAUCUGUAAUCUUUAGAUAAGAGAUAGUGGUUGUGUUAAGCUUAUUACAAUAGAAGAAGCUGAUAUAUACAUUUGGAGGUGGCUAGUGAUCUUCUCAAUAGACAAUCAAUAAUGACAAUGAAGAUGAAGGGAAUCUACAAAAGCUUCAGAUCGAUCUCUCAUAUAUUUGUUGAGAAAGAAAGAGAUUUGGAGAUUGGGUACCCAACCGAAGUAAAGCAUGUGGCUCAUGUUGGCUGGGAGGGCUCCUCUGGCAGUGCUCCUGCAUGGAUGAGUGAAUUUAAAGCAGCAGUGGAGCCUUUAUCUCCAAGAGCAUCAUCCUUUAGUCAUGCAACACAUUCAAAUUCUUUCUUGGUCACUUCUUCAUCCACUGAUUUUGAACAGAGCUCAAGCCAACCAACUAUAUCAGAUAGGCUAAGGGAUGUGCCUCCAAUUCCAGUAGGUCUAUCCAAGGUUCAUACUAAGAGCAAGAAUAGGAGAAAGAAACCAUCUUCAUCAUCACCAAGAUCCAAAUUACAAUCUCCAAAGUCUUCAAGAUCCACAGGUUUAUCUAAAUAUUCGUUCAAAUCAAUGACAACUCGAUUGAACUCUAAUGCAUGAAGGUGAAUUUAAACAAACAAAAAUCAUUACUUGUGUCACACAUUAUGCAUAAGGAAAGUUUUUGAUAGUUCUGGUGAUUUUUUUUGUUCAAAGACAUUUUGUUUUGUAGUUCUCGGAUUUGAACAACUUCUAUGUACAUUGUCGAAAAAAAUUACAAAAAAAAAGAUAAAUAUUAUUUGUGCGAGAGAAAAUUAUUUACUUUCUAUUGUAAUCUGGAUUCGCAGAUUGGAGAAAUGGAUUUCCUUAUUACAAGGAAUCAAUAAUUUUAGGCUGAAUUUAAUAGAAAAUUAGAAAUUUAAUCUAAUAUCUCUCUCUCUUGAUUUUUUUCCUUAAAAGAAACUAGUUUAAUUUGUUGUCAAUUUUAAUUUUCUUUUAGCAUAAAGGGUAUGCAAGUAUGAUUAGCCGUUAGGAGCUGUACAUGAGUUUUGAAAUAAAAAAAAUUGUUUCAAAAGAGAUACUCCAUGUUUUACAUUUACUAUUUUAUAUAAUUAGUUAAUAUUAAUAAAUUGUAAAUUUCAAAAAAAUUGUAUUUAUUCAAAAACAUUAAUUUUAAAUUAUUGAAAAUAAUUAAAAAUAAAAAUUAAUAUAUGCAUAAUCAAUUUUUAAUAUGUGUGAAACAGAAAAAAAAAGAUAUAUCAUUUAAAAACAAAGGAGUAAAAAUUAAUAAUUAAUACAGCCACAUCCAAAAAUGUGAGGGAAAAUGAACAACGAUACUCUUCUUUGAUAAAAGCCGAGAACCGAACGUAAUAUUCUUAGUUUACCAAGGCCCAUAUCGCUAGUUCGUGUUAUCAUAUACUUCAGUAUCAAACACAUAGUAGACUGUGUCAUGUUAGAACUUAGAAGUACAUGAUUGGACAAAGAGGCGUAGUUCAAAUAUGUAGUAGCCCGAAAGACGUCAUCAAUAACAUGAGGCUGAGGUUGGCUAGAGCCUUGACGGCCCUAUACUUAAUUUGUUUAAUUUGUGAUGACGGAAAUUGACAAUGUUCAUCCUGAUUCGUUGGAGAAGAUGAUAGUGACUCUGUUCAUUUCUUAUGUGAAAAGUGCAUGAUAAACAGUUCAAAAAUUUAGAGUUUUCAGUAAAUUUUCUAGGUUUUGUACUAAUUAUUAAAAAUUAAAAAAAAAACUUUUUCAUAAUAAGCUUUAUAAUACAAUGUAUUUAUAUUAUUAAAACUGAAAUACAUUUUAGUAUUGUUGGAAACAUAGAUAACAGUAUAAAUGAUAAUUUUUUGUAGACACAAAUAGCAAUAUAAAAAUAAAAGUAUAUUGUUAUUUUAGUAAUUUAUUAAUAUAAUUACAUCAAUUAUCUUUCCACAUUUCACUCAGUUUAACAAUUUCGUUAAUUUUAUUGCAUUAAUAAUAUAUCACAUCAUUAAUUAUAUUACCACAAUAAUAAUAGUGUGGAUUUUUAUUUAUUAGUUAAUCAACAUUAACUUUGUGCCAAUUAUAAAAUCAAAAAUGUAAAAUAACUGGAUUUUGCAUAUGGUUAAACGUUCGGUUUAGUUUGUUUUACUAAAACUUUUUUAUAAUUUAGUUUCAAUUGGUGGAAAAUUACGUAGCUAAAACAUAAUGCAAAAACAUGUUUUAUGAAUAAAAUAAUAAUUUAAAUCAAAAUAAUAAAAAUAUAUUACAUUUAUUGUCACUUAAUUUUUCACUCUGUAUAAUUAUUUUACUAAAUAAAAAAUUCUUUCUAUUUCACUUAAUUUAGCCAAAUACAUAGAAAUAAUACUUUUUAUUAGUUUAAAUAUCAGUUAGGCAUAAGCAUUGGCUAUCUAUUUAUGUACGAAUUGUUCUUUUUAUGUAUCAUUUUUAAAAAAAAUUAGGCUCCGCUUGAAUAUUAUAAAUUUAUGUGUGAGUUUUGAGUUGGGUCCUUCUGGGUCUAGAUGAAUUCGGUUUUGAUGUACAAGAACCUAAAAUAUCUAAAUAACAAAUGUAUCUUUGUUGGGAUAUUUGUAUCACAAAUAUCAUAUUAUCCGAUUCGGUCGAGGUCUUUUGAAUAUAAUUAGUUAUAUUACGAUUAGAAUAUAUAACACUAAUUAUGAAAAGCAAAUAUCAAUGUAUAAAAAUGUAAGAGGAAACGCUGACCAAUCUCUAGUUAUACACUUGAACUAACAAACAAUUAUUUCAGUGAUAUUGAGUAGAGGCACAUAAAGACUACAUUAAACUAGUUGUAAAGUAAGUAUUCUUAUUCAGGUUAAUCAUACAAUCAAUAAUCUAUUGCAAGUAAUAUUACAGGUAGCAUUUAUAUCCAAAUAUUUGACUAUUGGUUUCUUCUUAAUAGUACUAAUAACCAAAAUAAAAUUGCUUUAAACAAAAAAAAGUUAUAUAGCUUUCAGAAGUUAUAAGAAAGUAGUAAUUAGGAUUCUAAUGUUUAGUUUCUUAUUUUGGUAUAAUGAUCCUUUUAUAUCGUUUCUGAAGUGUAGUCAGUUUUUUUUUUAAAUAACAAUAACAAAAUGAUGCAUACUUUCAAAAGUCAAAACGUCCUAAGAUUCAAAAACUAAGAAAUGAUUCAUUGUCUGAAACUUUGUUUCCAUAUUACUGGAAAAUCAUUCACUGGACCUAAAAGUUAAAGUUAAAUGUAAAUAAAUAAAUAUAAUGAAAAUUCUGAUUUGGACUUUUGAGUUUGGCGUUUAAAAUGACACAUUGAACAAAAAAAAAAAUUGAAGGCAAUAAAUGAGUUAGUUGGUAGGCAGAAGUCACUCUUUCCCACUAGCUAUUAUUAGAAGAUGACGUCCCCACAACUCCAAGGCGUUUCAGCUCCAUUCAUUUACUCAAUUACCCUCCUCCAAUUCAAUGCACCUUUUACACACCUUGUCGUCUAUUCUAAACACAGUGAACUACCUGUCGUUUUACCGGAUCGUUAGGAUUGCAAUUCAGGAGUCCCUUCAAAAAUACGGUCUAUUUGUUAUGACAAAUUUAUUUUUUGUCAACUUUGUUUGUUACAAAUUUACUUAGGUGUGAUUGUGUGAAUGAUGAAUUAACUAUGUAAACAGUAAGCGUCAAGAAACAUAACUUAACCAGACAUAAAUAUGAAGCUAUAAAUAUUGUGAUACAAGUAUAUAAUCAUUAAUAAUAAGACAAUUAGUUGAAAAGAAAGACAAUUAGUUAUUGUUCCCUCUACGUCGUUAGCAAUGAGUAUUAGUGUACUGUUCUGGAAUUUAUAAAUACUUUAAAUACACAGAAUUACACAGGCGUGGUGCAUAAUAAACUUAAUAAAUAAAUUAAAAAAAUCGUUUCAUAAAGAUGCAUAUUUUUAAAAAUAUCUUCUAAAUAGAUUGAUGAUUAAUUGUGAAUUUUUU